UCUUCCCCCCUCAUUCCCUUCGCGCCUGCGUAUUGCUUCCUCCUCCGGCCGGUCGCCGCUCGCCUUCCGCGGCGGAGACGGCGCUGAUGGAUCGGUACUGGGCCCGGGGUACCCGCCGCCGCCUUCCCCCCCUCCUUCCGGGGCUGUGGGCGAUGGGGGAGGGGUGGGAAAAUGGCGGCGCCCUGGGGCAGCCGCCGCCGCUCCCGCUCUCUCUCCCCGUGCGGUAACAUGGCGGCUCCGCCGCGGUGCCCCGGAUGUGAGGCGGCGAUCUGAUUGGCCGCCCUUCCUUUCCUUCACCUUCCCUUGUACGGUGUCAUGGCGGCGCCCGCUCCCCCGGCGCGGCCGGGCCCCACUUCCGGUCCUGCGCAGUCAGGGCGGCGGCGGCCGCUCGGUGCGGCGGCGGCGGCGGGACGGGCCCAGGAGGCGGGAGCCCCCGUGAGGCCGCCGGCACUCGGGGGGGGUCCCCAACCCCCAGGACCCCCGGCCAUGGCGGCCCCCCCGCCCAGCGGCAUCAUCGUGCUGGACGACGAGGAUGAGGGGGUCCCCCCGCCCCCCCCCCAGCACAUCCGCAGCCCCCCCCGACUCCCCCCAACCCAACGGGGCGCCCCCCGGCAGCCCGGGGCCCCCCCAAAGCGGGGGCAAAGCGGGGGGUGGCUAUAAAUCAGAAAAUGAGCGGCUUUUCGGGGAGUUCCUGGAGCUCUGCACCCACCUGACGGAGGAGCACCCCGAGGUGAUCCCCUUCCUCGCCGGCCGUCACCAAAAGGCCAGCCCGGCCUUCCUGGCCUCGGCCGAGCUGCGCAACGUCCUCAGCCGCUGCCUGAGCCGCGUCCGGACGCGCCGCAACAAAGUCUACGUCUACAUCAACGAGCUCUGCACCGUCCUCAAAGCCCACACGCUCCGUCGCAAACUCCCCCUCGCCUCGGCUCCCCCCGCCGCCCCCUCGCCGUCGCCGCUGCGGCCCCCGGCCUCGCCGCAACCCCCCUCUUCCUCCCCUUCCUCCGCCGCCGCCGCCGCCUCCCCCCGCCCUCCCGGCGGUUCCAAGCGCCAAAUCCGUUAUUUGGAGAAUCUCCUUCGCGUCUACACGGGCGAGAUCCGACGGCUGCAGGAGCGGGAGCUGGAUCUGGCCGAGCUGGACAGCGAGGACUCGACGUACCUGCAGGAGAGUCGCCUCAAGCGGAAAAUGAUGCGGAUUUUCGAGCGCCUUUGCCAACUCAAGCAAUGCAGCAGCUUGACGGGCCGCGUCAUCGAGCAACGCAUCCAGUACCGCGGCACCGCUACCCCCGAGGUCAACCGGCGCAUCGAGCGCUUCAUCAACCGCCCCGAGGCCUUUCCCGACUACACCGACAUCCUCAAGGUCAUCCAAAAAGCCAGCGUCCGGCACACUGGGCUGGCGCAGCGGCAGAUGGAGAGCAUGGCUCAGGACGCCUUCCGGGAGGUGGGCAACCGCCUGCAGGAGCGCCGACACCUCGACCUCAUCUACAACUUCGGCAGCCACCUGACGGAUCAGUAUCGGCCGGGGACGGACCCGGCGCUGCUGGACUCGGCCCUGGCCAAGCGGCUGCGGAAGAACCGGACGGUGGCGCUGACCCGGCUGGACAACGUCAUCUCCCACUACGCCCAGCUGCAGGACGAGAGCGAGGAGGAAGAGCGCGGGCGCAAACGGGCGGCCAGGCAGCAGGGAGCGUCCCCCGCCCCCCCCCAGGGGGGCGAGGGGGGCGAGGACGAGCCCCCCCUGAGAGCCUCCGUCCCGCAGAGCGCCGCCGCGGGGAAGAGCCGGGAGGAAGAGGAAGAGGAGGAAUCGGAGGAGGAGGACUCGGAGGAGGAAGAGGAGGAGGAGGACGAGGAGGAGGAGGAGGACGAGGACUCCUCGGAGGCCGACGGCAAAGCCGAGGAGGAGGAGGAAGAAGAGGAGGAGGCCGAGCGCGGCGACGGAGGCAACGAGGCGGCGGCCGCCGAGGGUGACGCCGGUUCGGUGCCGCCGCCCCCCCCCGGCGAGGAAGAGGAGGCGACGCCGAAGGAAAACGCCGGGCGAAGCCCCCCGCCCGACCUCUUCGUCCUAGAGAUCGAGACGUUGCCCUUAGAGCUGGGCGAGAGCCCCCCGUCCUCCCCGUAUCCCCCCGGGGGGUCCGAGGCCACCCCUAAAACCGCCCCCCCCUCGCCACAGCCCUCCGAGCCCCCCCCGCCAGCGCCCCCCUCCCCGGAGCCCGUAUCGUCCCGGACUGUGCCGGAGGAACCAGAGUCGGGGGGGGGAGGACGGUGCCGGCUCUGGACUUGUCCCCCUUCCUCAAAUAAGGGGAAAAGACCCCACCCCGAAAGCCCCCGGGCGUUGGAGAAUGGCGCGGGGCGGGGGGAGGGCGGCGAGGGGGGGGGCACCACCAUCAGCUCCACCAGCUUUAACGGCAGCACCGAGCCCCUUCCCCGGAAGCGGAGUCGGCUGGAUCUGCCCACCGGUGGCAGCCCCUGCGUCGAGGUGCACAGUGUGGGCGAGGAGGAGGAGGAGGAGGGGGGCCCCGGGGGGCUGCCCCCCCCCCGGCACAGCCCCCUCCCCGACUCCACCCGGGCCGACUCCCCCGGGAGGGACCUGGUGAGCAGCUCCCAGGGCAGCCCCCGCCGCCUGCCCCCCAAGGCCUGCAAGACGAGCGUGGCGACACAGUGCGACCCCGAGGAGAUCAUCGUGCUCUCGGACUCGGACUGACCCCGCCCCCUUGUCGGUCUGGCCACGCCCCCUCUCCGGACCGGCCCCGCCCACCCC